UGAUAACCUAAAAACUGACAGUUGACAGUGAGGAUUUCUUCAAUAAUAUAAAUAUUUAAUUUAAUAACUUUAAUAAAGUAAUAAUAAAAUCAUGAAUUUAUCUCAAUAUUCGACAGAAAGAACAUCAGGAGAUGGAAUGGAAAAUAAUGUUCGAACUAAUUCAGAUAUUAAGUUAAGUAGUACGUUACUAACUAAACCAUCUAGCAGCAUUUUAAAGUCUAUGAAACCAGUUGAACCCGCAUCAAAAAUCUUUAAUUUAGUACCGAAAUACGUGCCUCAAGAUAAGAAAGUUUCCAACAUUAUAUUGUAUAAGCCCAAGGAACCUAAAUUUAUUCCAUACGAGCCCUACAAAGCAGCUGUUAUACCUAUUAUACCCACCAAGUUUAAAAAACCUACACAAAUGGUUUAUAAAGAAAAACGUUCAAAGAAUAAUAUUGAAAUUCACGAGCUAGUGAAUCAAAUGACUGAUAUGAGAACUAAGGAAAUGAAUAAGCUUGGUGCAGCUUUACCAGAAAGUGCAGUCAUUCCUCUUCAGCAAUGGGAGAAGGAAAAAGAAGCUUUUGACACUGAUAUUAAAAAUUUGAAAGAGACUAAAGCUCAUCUAGAGAACCAGCUGAAAUUUCAGGCUCAAGUAAACAGUGAGUUGAAAACAUUACUUGUUGCUGCCGUAGGUGAAGAUUUAGAAACAAGAGUGCAACACUUAACUGAGGAUAAGUUAUCUCUAGCCCGAGCACUAUUAAAUUCUGCAAAUCAUCUGACUUCACAUCAAGAACAAACAGAAUGGUUAAGUGGACAGUGUGAAGUAUGGAGAAGUAAAUUUUUAGCAUCAAGUUUAAUGGUUGAAGAAUUAGCUAGAUGGAAAUCGGCUUUAACAAAAAGGGUAAAUGAUCUUCAGGAAGUUACGAAAAAGAUACUGAGUGAACAUAAUAAAUUACAAAAGCAAAUGUUGACUACUUAUACCAAUUUAAAUAGUAUUAGUGAGAAACAAACUGGAAAAGGUUUAAAUAUAAAAAUCGGUGAUAUAAUUGAACUAGGUGCUGUUAAUCAGAACUUAUCACGUCAAAUUGCUGAUUCAUUACAAAUAGAAAUUCAGUCACUACCAGAAAAACCACCUGGUUUGAGCGUGACCGAGAAAUUAGCUUUAAAAGUUCUCAAGAAUCCUGUGACAUUGACAUCGCAAGAUGUUCUGUGUAAUGCUCUAGUGGGUGCUGCUCAUUCCUUAACAGGUGAUCCAAGAUUUGUUGAAAAUCAGUUGCUUCAUCCUUGUUGCUCCCAUUGUAAAGGCGAAGUUCAGGAUAUUUGACAGUGGACAAAGAUGUUUUGAUAAUUAUUUUUAUGUUUGUACAUUUUAAGCUUUAUUAUUGAAAUAUAUAGUCUAUUUUUUUAAUGUUA